AUGCCGAACUCCAACAGCAAAAACGACCGGAGGAACCGCAAGUUCAAGGAGGCCGAGAGGCUCUUCAGCAAGUCCUCGGUCACCUCGGCAGCGGCGGUCAGUGCAUUAGCUGGAGUUCAGGACCAGCUCAUUGAGAAGCGGGAGCCAGGCAGUGGCACAGAAAGUGACACUUCUCCAGACUUUCACAACCAGGAGAAUGAGCCCAACCAGGAGGAUGCUGAAGAGCUGGAUGGGUCUGUGCAGGGGGUGAAACCCCAGAAAGCUGCUUCCUCUACUUCUUCUGGGAGCCACCACAGCAGCCACAAAAAACGGAAGAACAAAAAUCGACACAGCCCGUCUGGCAUGUUUGAUUAUGACUUUGAGAUUGAUCUCAAGUUAAACAAAAAGCCAAGAGCCGACUACUAG